CCUGAAUCCCCACUCCACCAUAUUUCCCCGAAGCCUGGACCCUUGAUCGGCGUCCCAAUUAGGAAUAAGAGACAACCAUUCUGUCGAAGAUACUCCCGUUAGCUCCGUGUCAACUCCGUCUCUGCCCCUCCUCCUGUUCCGGACAUUAGCUUAGCUACCCCGCAUCGAUUAUUCCCGUGAAGGUGGUGCUACAGGAUGCAGUUACAUUAGGUUCCUAUUUCGCCGAAAACCCGAUUCUUGAUUUUCUCCUUAAAUUGCAUCAUUCCUGCUCCAGAUUUGUCGUCUAUUUAUUUAUCUCCACGCCUUCCUCCUCUUCCUCUCCAUCCCCCGCGACAUUGAAUCCAUUACAAUCUCGCUCAAAAUGUCCGAAGGUCUUCCUGAAAUGCAGUACCGGAAUCUGGGCCGGACGGGUCUAAAGGUGUCCGUCAUCUCGCUCGGAAGCUGGCUCACCUACGGUGGCCAUGUGGGAAAUGAGACUUCUUUUGAUUGUUUAAAGGCCGCAUAUGACGCCGGCGUCAACUUCUUCGACACCGCCGAGGUAUACUCUGGUGGACAAUCCGAAAUUGUGCUCGGUGAAGCUAUUAAGAAGUUUGGUUGGAAGCAAAAUGACCUGGUUAUUUCCACCAAGAUCUACUGGGGCAAAGCAAACAGUGCCAACCCUGAUAAGCCUCUCAACAACAAUGGCCUCUCACGAAAGCACAUCAUCGAGGGCAUGAACCUGUCUCUUAAGCGUCUGGACCUUCCUUAUGUUGAUAUUGUUUAUGCCCACCGUCCAGACCGUGACACGCCCAUGGAAGAGAUUGUGCGCGCUUUCAACUAUCUCAUUAACAAUGGCAAGGCCUUCUACUGGGGUACCUCUGAGUGGUCUGCCAGCGAAAUCUCCGAUGCCUGGCGCAUCGCCGAUAGACUCGGUCUCAUUGGCCCAGUAGUCGAACAGCCCCAGUACAACUUGCUUGCGCGCGAUCGUGUCGAAAAGGAGUACCGCUGGCUGUACGAGGCUCAUGGUCUAGGCUUGACCAUUUUCUCGCCUCUCAAGGGCGGUGUUCUGACCGGAAAGUACAACGAUACUACUACCCCGCCUCCAGGAUCACGCCUGGCCGAGUCCGAGGAUGGCUACAUUAAGGGUCUUCGCAAGACUGUUGGUGACGAUACGUGGACGAAGCAGUUGCAGCAGGUUGCUGCGUUGAAGCCUAUUGCGGAGGAGUUGGGUAUUACGACCGCUCAGCUGUCUCUAGCUUGGAUUCUGAAGAACCCCAACAUCUCGUCUAUGAUUACCGGUGCCUCUCGUGUUGAGCAAGUGUAUGAGAAUCUGCGUGCGCUUGCUGUGGCGGAUAAGUUGACGGAUGAGGUAAUUGAGAAGAUCGAGGCUGCGAUCGCUAACAAGCCUGCUGAGGAGAUCAGGAGAUUCUAAAUUUAUUCGGUAGCUUAGAAAAGAAUGCAGUCCUUGUUAGAGUCCGUC